GUUCGUCACAGCUGUUCAGUGAUUUGGUCGGGGGGACAUUUUCUCUGGGCGAUUUAGUAUAAUUUCGAUUGUGGAGCUGUUUACUUCGUGAAAAGUCAAGUGCUCGCCGUUUAAUUAGCCCCCACUUGGCUCGUAUGUAUUUAUCCAACGAGUGCAAGUGACCGACGUCCAAAGAGCAACGUACGGGAUACGGAUCUCCGACAAAGGCUUCCCGCUUGCAGUGGUCCGGUGACUUUCGCCGGAGUAGUGACUCCGUCCGAGGAAGCGAGUUGAACAAAUAGCCCCCCGCCGCUCGUUAAAAAGUGUCAUGAGACAAUAAAGGAACAUAAAGAAAGAAAGAAAAAGCGACGAGAAUAGUGGAGCUCCUUUGUCGCAUCUCUGGAAGCAAAGUUUUAUAUAUGUACUUUCAGUAGAGAGCGAUGGAGGAAAGCCUGGAGCUGAGGAACAAGUACGGCAAGCCACUGCGCUACGACCGGAACUUCACGGGACCCCGGCAAAGGAAUCGCAGCUGCACGGAUGUGCCCUGCCUGCUGCUCUUCGUGCUCUUCCUGGGUGGAUGGGCCUUCAUCGCCCAGUACGCCAUCAAGAACGGCGAUCUCAACAAACUGCUGGUGCCCACGGACUCAUCCAACCGGAAGUGCGGCAUGGACUCCGGGGUGCUAAACAAGGAGAACCUAUUCUUUUUCGACAUCAACCAGUGCAUUGAUCCAAUUGUACCCCUCACUGGAUGUGACACUCCACAGGUUUGUGUGGAGACUUGUCCCAGAGAGACGUUCGUCUGGGACACCAUGAAGGAUAAAUUAAGUUUUGCGGAGCUGCACAGUCGCCUCAUCUGCCUGACGGAGGAGCACAGGGCGCAGAUUCGCACCAAAUCGGACAUUCAGAAUGCCAUUGACCAGAACCAGUGUGCACGCUGGUACAUCAAGAGUGCUCCAUUCCUCAAACGAUGCCUGUUCGAGUUCUCCCAGGGCGUAUGCGAUUAUAUUCCCUCGUUCCUGCUGCAAGGGAAAAGAUUGAGAAGAGAGCUGCAUCUGCUGCCCGGAAACGCCACCACGGAACUCCAACUGCAGGCCCAGGUCAUGGCUAUGAGCAUGGCGGAGGCCCAGGCACUAGUUGUUCCCCAGGCGAACAGCAAACAAACUCCAGUGGACGAGGAGCCAAUCAUUCAGUGCAAACGCAGACUCAACGAGGCUGUCAUCAAGGAGAAGAUGAUGCAGACGGACACGAGGCUGGCGAAGCUCGUGGGUAACAUGGUGGCCCACUUCUACAAUGGCACCAACGACGCCCAACUCUUGGGAGAAGAGAUUGUCGAGGAUCUGAUCAACUCCUGGUCUAUCGUGCUGGUGGCUUGCUGCUGUACCCUGAUUGCCUCACUGAUCUAUAUCGCUCUAAUGCGCUGGCUCUCGGCUCCAAUCCUCUGGUUCUCCAUAUUUGGCGUGCUUAUCGGCCUGCUGGUGGGAAUUUACCACACCGUAAAACAGUACAGGUUCUGGGAGAAGACGGCUACGGUCCCCAUACACGGUUUGAAUCUGCACUCUACGGUCAAGAAUGUUCUGCAAAACCAGAACACCUGGCUCUACCUGUCCAUCUUCUUGAGCGUGUGCUUCGUGGUUAUCCUGUUGCUGGUAAUUGUGCUAAGAAAUCGCAUCCGCAUAGCGAUCGCCCUAACCAAAGAGGGCAGCAAGGCAGUAAGCAGUGUGAUCAGCACCGUGUUCUUCCCUAUCUUCUCCUGGAUACUCUUCAUUGCCGCCAUAGCGUUUGCCGUUGGCGUGGGCCUGUAUCUGGGCUCCAUUGGAGAUCCUUCGUUUAGAAUGGUGCGCCAACUGACGAAAAAUGGUGAAGUGACCAACGAGGACUGCGUCUGCGAAGGUCCAGCCAUCAACUACACAGUGGGCGGAUCCUGCGACCCGAAAGUGUUCCAGCAAUAUUGCAUCGUUCGGCAGAACUCAUUUCUCCAGAAGCGGGUUCCUUGCUUAAAAACCACUUGCAGCUUUGACUCGAUAAAUAAUCCGACUAUUAUUAAGUGGGCCAUCUUCUACAAUGUCUUUGGCUUCCUCUGGCUUAGCUUUUUCAUCUCGGCCUUCAGCUACAUGGUGCUGGCCUCGACCUUUGCCCGCUGGUAUUGGACCUUCAAGAAGAGGAACGUGCCCUACUUCACCCUCACAAGAGCUUUCUUCCAAACCGCUUUCUACCACCUGGGCACCGUGGCCUUCGGCUCACUCAUCCUGGCCAUCGUCCGGCUAAUUCGUCUGGUGCUGGAAUACAUCCACGAGAAGCUCAAGAAGUACGACAAUGCGGUGACACGGGCCAUCCUCUGCUGCAUGCGCUGCUUCUUCUGGCUGCUGGAGAACUUCCUGAAGUUCCUCAAUCGGAAUGCCUACAUCAUGUGCGCCAUUCACGGCAAGAACUUUUGCUCCAGUGCCGCGGACUCGUUCAACCUGAUUAUGAGGAACUUCCUGCGUGUGGUAACGCUAGAUCAGGUCACGGACUUUUUGUUCUUUUUGUCGAAACUGCUGCUAACCGCUGGCGCGGGGGCAUCCACCUUCUAUUUUCUGGACAAUAAUCCGGCCAUUAUUAAGCUACAUUACAACGCGGUGCCCACCACUUUGGUGGUAAUUGCCGCCUUCCUCAUAACGAGCGUGUUCUUCGGUGUGUACUCGACGGCCGUGGACACACUGUUUCUGUGCUUCCUGGAGGACUGCGAGCGGAACGACGGCUCGCCGGAGAAGCCGUUCUUCAUGUCCAAGCAGCUAAUGAAGAUUCUUGGCAAGAAGAACAAUCUGCCGCCGCGGAAAGUAGGAGACUUAGGGGCGAAACGGCAAGGCCAAAGCUAAAGCAUAUACAUAUAUAUUUAUUCUAGCCCAAAAUCGAACGGGGUUGUGUGCGAUUGCUCAACCGCCUGCAAUAGGGUUUGCAUAAAAUGCACACUCCGUUGCCAAUACUCUUAAUCUUUAAUCUAGUGUAUAUAAUACGCCAGUAUCCAUAUGUAAACUUCUUUUGUGCGGCUAGACAUGAGAUAGGCGCGGACCAUAAGACCAAAAGCAGUACCAUACAAUAAUUUGUAUGCAGAGACCCAAAAUUACAUAUCUCACAUUCAUGCAGCUUAGGCUGACGAUAAACGUACAUAUAUCAGUUCAAUUAUUAUAUUCGAAUUUAAUAAAAAUUAAUUAAUUUUUCUGA